GCAGGGAAAGAGACAGGGGCCGGGAGCAUUGGGGAUGUGGGCAUGGAUGCCAGUGCAGCCGGAGGCCUGUGCAGGUCUGAGGGUCCUCGACCCACCUUCCAGCCUGCCCAGAGCAGUUGGCCCAGGGCUCCCCUGACUCCCAGCCUGACGGUCGCCCUUGGCCCCUGCAGCCGCCUGUGAUGCUGCCGUCCCCCACCGCCCCGUGGCCCCACAAUGACCCACAGCCCCGCGACAAGCGAGGACGAGGAACACCACAGUGCCAGCGAGUGUCCGGAGGGGGGCUCAGAGUCCGACAGCUCCCCAGACGGACCAGGGCGAGGCCUCCGGGGGUCCCGGGGCCGGGGCAGCGGGGCACCUGGUAACCUGGCCUCAGCCCGAGGCCUCCAGGGCCGCUCCAUGUCUGUCCCUGACGACGCCCACUUCAGCAUGAUGGUCUUCAGGAUUGGCAUCCCAGACCUGCAUCAGACAAAAUGCCUGCGCUUCAACCCCGAUGCCACCAUCUGGACGGCCAAGCAGCAGGUGCUGUGCGCCCUGAGCGAGAGCCUGCAGGACGUGCUCAACUACGGCCUCUUCCAGCCAGCCACCUCGGGCCGCGACGCCAACUUCCUGGAGGAGGAGCGGCUGCUGCGGGAGUACCCCCAGUCCUUCGAGAAGGGGGUCCCCUACCUGGAGUUCCGAUACAAGACCCGAGUUUACAAACAGACCAAUCUGGACGAGAAGCAGCUGGCCAAGUUGCACACAAAGACGGGGUUGAAGAAGUUCCUGGAGUAUGUGCAGCUCGGAACGUCUGACAAGGUGGCGAGGCUGCUGGACAAGGGGCUGGACCCCAACUACCAUGACUCGGAUUCGGGAGAGACCCCCUUGACCCUAGCGGCCCAGACCGAAGGCUCUGUAGAGGUGAUUCGAACUCUGUGCCUGGGCGGGGCCCACAUUGACUUCCGGGCCCGGGAUGGCAUGACAGCACUACACAAGGCUGCGUGUGCCCGACACUGCCUGGCCCUCACGGCACUCCUGGACCUCGGGGGCUCCCCAAACUACAAGGACCGCCGUGGGCUCACCCCCCUGUUCCACACCGCUAUGGUAGGGGGAGACCCCCGCUGCUGUGAGCUGCUUCUGUACAACAGGGCCCAGCUGGGCGUCGCAGAUGAGAACGGCUGGCAGGAGAUUCACCAGGUGCUCCGGACUCGGCCGAGGGCCUCGGCCUGUCAGAGGGGUCACUCUCAGCAUCUGGAGCAUCUGCUCUUCUACGGGGCAGAGCCGGGAGCCCAGAACGCCUCGGGGAACACGGCCCUGCACGUCUGUGCCCUCUACAACAAGGAGACCUGCGCCAGGAUCCUCCUCUAUCGAGGGGCCAACAAGGAUGUGAAGAAUAACAGUGGACAGACACCCUUCCAGGUGGCCGUGAUCGCUGGAAACUUCGAGCUAGGGGAGCUCAUCCGGAACCAUCGAGAGCAGGAUGUGGUGCCCUUUCAGGAGUCCCCGAAGUAUGCGGCCCGGCGACGGGGACCCCCAGGGGCAGGGCUGACAGUGCCCCCUGCGCUGCUCAGGGCCAACAGCGACACCAGCAUGGCGCUGCCGGACUGGAUGGUGUUCUCCGCCCCGGGGACCUCGUCCUCAGGGGCCCCUGGCCCUACCUCAGGGGCCCAGGGCCAGUCGCAGCCCUCGGCCCCCAGCACCAAGCUCAGCAGCGGGACCCUCCGAAGUGCCAGCAGUCCCCGGGGCGCCCGGGCCCGCUCCCCAUCCCGAGGGCGGCACCCCGAGGACACCAAGAGGCAGCCCCGAGGACGGCCCAGCUCCAGCGGGACGCCCCGGGAAGGGCCCGCCGGAGGCACAGGGGGCUCCGGGGGCCCUGGGGGCUCCCUGGGCAGCCGAGGCCGAAGGAGGAAGCUCUACUCAGCAGUUCCUGGCCGCUCCUUCAUGGCUGUGAAGUCGUACCAGGCCCAAGGAGAGGGCGAGAUCUCCCUGAGCAAGGGCGAGAAGAUCAAAGUGCUCAGCAUCGGGGAAGGAGGCUUCUGGGAAGGCCAGGUCAAAGGUCGCAUAGGCUGGUUCCCCUCCGACUGCCUGGAAGAGGUGGCAAACCGCUCCCAGGAGGGAAAGCAAGAAAGCCGCAGCGACAAGGCAAAGAGACUCUUCCGACAUUAUACUGUAGGCUCCUACGACAGCUUUGAUGCCCCAAGCUUGAUGGAUGGGAUUGGCCCAGGGAGACGGCCCUGCCAGAGCUCGUGUGUCUGCUCACACGUGCGCAGGUGGCUGUCUCCGCGCCUGUCCCUCUGCGCAUGUCCGAGUGUGCCUCUGCGUCCCUCCAGCUCUGGCGCUCAGGACCUGGAAUGCUGGGGGAGGGGAGGCCGGCGGGCUUGGGUUUCCGGAGGGCCGAGCGGUGGGACUCACUGCGGGGGAACGGGAGGGCCUUAAUUCGGUGUCCGAAAGAUGACACCCUCCUCGCCGCCCCCCAAUCCAGGAAAGGGACCCCCCCUUGUUCUUAGCAUCCUUCCAUUAAAUGUGUCCAAACCUAUGUGUCUGUGUUCUGGCCAGUGGAGACGGGUGGGGGAGAGGAGGGGAGAGAAAUAAGAACACGGGGAGAGAGGUGGGGCUGUGGUGCCACCUAAGCCCCGAGGGUCCGAGCCCCUUGGCCGUUAGUGCGCAUUCACCUGGCACUAGUGCGUGUUUGUUUCCGGCUCUCGCCCUGGGUGAGUAUCGAGGUCCCCUCACCCCGAGUCCCCUGCCGGCCUCGGUUUCUUGUCUCUGUCUAGUCUUUGGGUGUCUCCUCGCCUGGGUCUGGGGGUUCCUCGUUCCACCAGCCGAUUGCCACCCUCUGGGCUGCAAGUCCUCCUGUUCGCUUGUUGCCCUUCUCCCCUCCUGAGCUCCCCGUGCUGCUGCUUGUCUGACCCCUUCCUUCUCCUGUCUUCCCUGCGCCCCCG